AUGUUUCCCAAAACCAGUAUUAUGUCUAUUCUCAACACCUCUGAAACUGAAAUCUCUAUUUUCUAUUUGGUUGGGAUUCCAGGUAGGGAGCCUGCCAACAUUUGGCUCUCUAUCCCCAUAUGUUUCAUCUACAUUGUUGCCAUCGUAGGGAAUUGCACCAUCCUCUUCUUCGUAAAAACACAGCCUUCUUUGCAUGAACCCAUGUACUACUUUCUCUCCAUGUUGGCUCUCUCUGACCUGGGACUAUCCUUCUCCUCUCUACCUACCAUGCUAAGGGUUUUCUUGUUCAAUAUUCCAGAAAUUUCUCCUGAUGCCUGUAUUGCCCAGGAGUUUUUUAUUCAUGGAUUCUCAGCUAUGGAGUCAUCUGUACUUCUCAUUAUGUCCUUUGAUCGCUUUAUUGCCAUCUGCAACCCUCUGAGAUACACCUCCAUCCUUACCAGUGCCAGAGUCCUUCAAAUUGGAAUUGCGUUUGCUCUCAAAAAUUUGCUGUUGGUCCUCCCUUUCCCUUUCACUCUAAAACAUCUAAGAUACUGUAAGAAGAGCCUCCUGUCCCAUUCCUACUGCCUGCAUCAGGAUGUCAUGAAGCUGGCUUGCUCUGACAACAAAGUUAAUGUCAUCUAUGGCUUAUUUGUGGCUCUCACAGGCAUUCUAGACUUGACCUUUAUUUUCAUGUCCUACAUUCUGAUACUGAAAGCAGUGUUGAGCAUAGCAUCACAAAAGGAAAGGCUCAAGGUCCUCAAUACAUGUGUUUCCCACAUCUGUGCUGUGCUCAUCUUCUAUGUGCCCAUUAUCUCCCUAUCUGUCAUCUCCCGGUUUGCCAAACACAGUUCCCCGCUCAUUAAGAUCCUCAUGGCUGAUGUUUUUCUGCUAGUACCACCAUUGAUGAACCCCAUUGUGUACUGUGUGAAAAGCCAGCAGAUAAGAAAUCAGGUCCUAGAAAAACUGUGCUGGAAGCAAAGCUGA